AUGUCUUAUGACACAAUUAAAUAUAAGCGCAUUUAUUUAAUUAUCGUUGUUCUCAUUGCGGUAUUUAUUGCCGUUAGUUAUGCCUAUCCAACUACUGAACUGAACAAUUCAAUCAGCAUUCUUCAAAAAAGACAAGAUCCCG